CAGCCAUGGAAGAGUUAAUAGUUGAGCUGCGCCUGUUUCUUGAACUUCUGGACCAUGAAUAUCUAACUUCCACUGUCAGGGAGAAGAAGGCAGUAAUAACUAACAUUCUCCUGAGGAUACAGUCAUCAAAAGGUUUUGAAAUAAAAGAACAUGUACAGAAGCAAGAAGUUGCCAACAGUCUGCCAGCACCUCCUCAAAUGCCUCUGCCGGAAAUACCUCAGCAGUGGCUGCCACCAGAUAAUGGGCCUCCACCAUUACCAACAUCUUCCCUUCCUGAAGGCUAUUAUGAAGAGGCAGUGCCACUUAGUCCUGGGAAGGCUCCGGAGUACAUUACUUCCAAUUAUGACUCAGAUGCUAUGAGCAGCUCAUAUGAAUCCUAUGAUGAAGAAGAGGAGGAUGGAAAGGGGAAGAAAAUGAGACAUCAGUGGCCUUCCGAGGAGGCAUCUAUGGAUCUGGUGAAGGAUGCCAAAAUCUGUGCCUUCCUCCUUAGAAAGAAACGAUUUGGGCAAUGGACCAAACUACUGUGUGUUAUCAAAGAAAACAAACUACUGUGUUACAAAAGUUCCAAGGACCAGCAGCCACAGAUGGAGCUUCUCCUGAAUGACUGCAGUAUCACAUACAUUCCCAAAGACAGCAAAAAGAAGAAGCAUGAGCUGAAAAUCUCUCACCAAGGAGCGGAUGCCCUCGUCCUGGCAGUUCAGAGCAAAGAGCAGGCAGAACAGUGGCUAAAGGUUAUAAAAGAUGUGUGCAGCAACUGUACGGGAGCAGUAGACUCCGAUGGGCCAUUAUCUAGCUCUCCAGUGCACAAGACAGAGCUGGAAAAGAAGUUGUCAUCUGAGAGGCCAAGCUCAGAUGGGGAAGGUGCUGUGGAAAAUGGCAUCACUACUGUGUGCAAUGGAAAAGAACAAGUGAAGAGGAAAAAAAGUUCAAAAUCCGAAGCCAAGGGCACUGUGACUAAAGUAACAGGGAAAAAAAUAACGAAGAUCAUUGGUUUAGGAAAGAAAAAGCCAUCAACAGAUGAACAGACCUCAUCAGCUGAAGAAGAUGUUCCAACAUGUGGAUAUCUCAAUGUGCUUUCAAAUAACCGUUGGCGUGAGCGCUGGUGCAGAGUGAAAGAUAAUAAACUCAUUUUCCACAAGGACAGGACAGAUCUGAAGACGCACAUCGUUUCUAUCCCUCUCCGUGGCUGUGAAGUCAUCCCGGGACUGGAUUCGAAGCAUCCCCUGACCUUCCGCUUACUCCGAAAUGGGCAGGAGGUCGCUGUGCUCGAGGCAUCAUCCUCCGAAGACAUGGGGAGAUGGAUAGGAAUUUUGCUGGCCGAAACAGGGUCUUCAACAGACCCUGGAGCUCUGCACUAUGACUACAUCGAUGUGGAAAUGACAGCAAGCGUCAUCCAGGCUGCCAAACAGACCUUCUGUUUUAUGAACAGGCGAGUUAUAUCUACAAAUCCGUAUCGGGGAAGCACUGCCAAUGGCUACGCCUGUCCGAGUGGAAUGGCACUUCAUUACGAUGAUGUUCCCUGCAUAAAUGGCUCGUGGGAACCAGAAGAUGGCUUUCCUUCUUCUCGUAGCAGGAACAUUGGAGAAGAAAUGCUUUAUGAUAACGCAGGCCUGUACGAUAACUUGCCGUCUCCAAAAAUCUUUGCGCGCUAUCCACCAGCUGACAGAAAACCCAAUAGGUUAUCUACUGACAAACUCUCCUCUAACCAUUACAAAUACCCUGUCUCAUCCAAUCUGUCUUCUGCUCAGUCUGUCACUAAUACCUCUGCUGUGGGGAGGGGAUCUGGCUCGCAGUUUAAAGGGAAGAAGCCUCCUGCGACUGCUAAUGGGAUCACCGGAAAAGGGAGAACUUUAAAUAACCAGCCAAAGAAAUCUGAAUCGGUGUCAUGUGUGAAACGCACUGCAUCCAAUGCAGAGCAGUACAAAUAUGGUAAAAACCGUGUGGAGGCAGAUGCAAAGAGGUUACAAAGCAAAGAGGAGGAGCUGCUAAAGAAGAAAGAAGCACUCCGGAAUAGGCUGGCACAGCUCCGAAAAGAAAGAAAAGAUCUACGUGCUGCCAUUGAAGUCAAUGCUGGCAGGAAAACCCAAGUGAUUCUUGAAGACAAAUUAAAGAAGUUGGAAGAGGAGUGUAAGCAGAAGGAGGCUGAGCGUGUAAACCUGGAGCUGGAAUUGACUGAGGUGAAGGAGAGCCUUAAGAAAGCCUUGGCUGGUGGCAUCACGCUGGGCUUGGCUAUUGAGCCCAAGUCAGGAACAUCAAGCCCACAGUCUCCAAUUUUCAAGCACCGAACUUUGGAAAACUCUCCAAUCUCCAGUUGUGAUACCAGUGAUACUGAAUGCUCAAUACCUGUGAACAGCGCAGCAGCUCUGAAGCGACCUCCCUCGUCAAAUAAUUCUCCGUGUCGAGGCCACGUCCUUCGAAAAGCAAAGGAAUGGGAGAUGAAAAAUGGAACAUAAAUAUAGCAAAACCACUCACUUUCCAUAAAGGCCUUACCUAUUAUGGACCAAGACAUAGGCUGCAAAAGACUCAUCUGAAAGGUGGUAUCAGGCGAUACAACAUAAGAGGUUUUAUAAUUCUGUUAAGUUAAUGGUAGCUUGGCGCUAAUUUGCGUGUAUUCCCUCUACUGUAUUGCUGUGUAACUACGUGUGCCCCUUUUUUUUAGCUGUAACUCUUUGUUUCCAACUUCACUGGUAAAGAAAAUGAAAACCAAAAAAACCAAACCAACCAUAGUAAUUAAAAAGGAGCAUAAAGUUGCAGUUGAAAGUUUACUUCGCUGAAACAGCAUAGACCACCAACGUUACUCAUAUCACAUCAGAUGGCCCGAACACCACUGAAGACUGGUGCGUUAAGACCGAUAAGAAGUAUUCUUCCAGGUUAAAAUGGACUUUGUGAGCUCUGCCACAGAGGUGGCUGAGUGAAGU